UGAAAUAACUCACCCCAACAAAGACGCGCGUGACGACAUCCCCUGUGAAGGUCAAGGUAGCAAGAUGAAGGUCACAGCCGUGACCCCACCCGUGGACGUGCUGGGAGAGAGUGGACACUGGGACACUGUGACGUCAUCGCUGCUGUGGGUCAACACGCCGGGCAGAGAGGUCAAGCGGUACCAGGCGGACACUGGGGACGUCACCACUAGGUCCACAGAAGAGCCUGUGAGUUUCUCCGUCCCACGCAGCAAAGGUCAGAGCCUGGUCAUCGCUCAGGGUCAGAGGUUAGAUUUCCUGGACGAGGUCACAGGCGAGCAGACGCCAUUUGCUCCGUCUACGUCACUGAAACUUGCUGAGAACGUAGUCACAAAUGACGGGAAGUGUGACGUCAGGGGAAGGCUGUGGUUUGGAAAAGAAAUUCAACAUGUUGACCUGACCCCCACAACCGGAUGCACAUGCCCGAAUUUUGGCGGGAAGAACUGGGAUGAGCUUUACGUCACCACCACGAAACUGUUCGCGUCACCGGAGCAGCUCAAGUGUCAGCCUCACGCCGGCUCUGUCUACAAGGUCACAGAGCUCGGAGUCAAAGGAAAACGACCUUUUACUUUUGCUGGAUAGGCUAGAUUUGUUAGGUUAUUGAACUAAAGAAAACGACCUUUUACUUUUGCUGGAUAGACUAGAUGUGUUAGGUUAUCGAAAAAAAAGGGAAUCGACCUUUUACUUUUGCUGGAUAGACUAGAUGUGUUACGCUAUUGAACAAAGGAAAACGGACUUUAGAUUUGGUGAAUAGCCCUACAUACGUAGGAUACUACAAUUAAACAAAGGGAAACGACCUUUUACUUUUGAUGGAUAGGCUUGGUGUGUUAGGUUAUCGGACAAAGGGAAACGGCCUUUUACUUUUGAUGGAUAGGCUAGGUGUGUUAGGUUAUCGGACAAAGGGAAACGGCCUUUUACUUUUGCUGGAUCGAUAUGUUGGAUUACUAAACUGAGGAAAACGACUUUUCUUCGAUUUGGUGGAUAGAUAUUUAGGAUAUGCAAAGGGAAAAGGUAUUUUAGAUUUGCUGAAUACAUGCAUUAUGUAGUCGAAACCUGCCAAGACGGCCACCUGUUUAAUACGGCCACCUGUACAAACAGCCACUUUCUAUCCUCCCUCCCUCCCCUGCAUUUUUUAACAAUAUAAUUUCACUGUGAAAAAUAGCCACCUUUUCAACGCGGCCGCAGCUACCCUAUUUUAUCUAGAUCUAUAAGAAGAAAAAAACUGCUUAAGAACGGCCCCACAAAACUCUCAUCGCCCGACGCUUUGUCAUCAUUAUUAUAUUAGUGUUAUUAUCAUUAGUAUUAUCAGAAAUAUUAUCAUAUUAUUAUUAAUAU